AGCGGUGGCAGCUGGACUAGGCGGCCAGGUUGCGGAGCCGCGGGCAGCUCUGGGUAACGGCCACUGCCGCUACCGGGACGGCGCCGGUCCCCACCGGCGGGCUCCCUUGUCCUCGUUCGCUCCGCUGCCGGGAUUUGAAAAUUCAGCUGAAUGAUUAGAAGGAGUUGGACCAAGGACCAUCUGAGCUACUUAGUGAAUUUUUGGAUGAAGCCAUCAAAUUAAUUGCUUGCCAUCAUGAGCAGAAGCAAACGUGACAGCAAUUUUUAUAGUGUAGAGAUUGGAGAUUCUACAUUCACAGUCCUAAAACGAUAUCAGAAUUUAAAACCUAUAGGCUCAGGAGCUCAAGGAAUUGUAUGUGCAGCUUAUGAUGCCAUCCUUGAAAGAAAUGUUGCAAUCAAGAAGCUAAGCCGGCCAUUUCAGAAUCAAACUCAUGCUAAGCGGGCUUAUAGAGAACUAGUUCUUAUGAAAUGUGUUAAUCACAAAAAUAUAAUUGGUCUUUUGAAUGUGUUCACACCACAGAAAUCCCUGGAAGAAUUUCAAGAUGUUUACAUAGUCAUGGAGCUCAUGGAUGCAAAUCUUUGCCAAGUGAUUCAGAUGGAACUAGAUCAUGAAAGAAUGUCCUACCUUCUCUAUCAGAUGCUGUGUGGAAUCAAGCACCUGCACUCUGCUGGAAUUAUUCAUCGGGACUUAAAGCCAAGUAAUAUAGUAGUGAAGUCAGACUGCACGUUGAAGAUUCUUGACUUUGGACUGGCCAGAACUGCAGGAACGAGUUUCAUGAUGACACCUUAUGUAGUUACUCGCUACUACAGAGCCCCCGAGGUCAUCCUAGGGAUGGGCUACAAAGAAAACGUUGACAUUUGGUCAGUUGGGUGCAUCAUGGGAGAAAUGAUCAAAGGUGGUGUUUUGUUCCCAGGUACAGAUCAUAUUGAUCAAUGGAAUAAAGUUAUUGAACAGCUUGGAACACCAUGUCCUGAGUUCAUGAAGAAACUGCAACCAACAGUAAGGACUUACGUUGAAAACAGACCGAAAUAUGCCGGCUAUAGCUUUGAGAAGCUCUUCCCCGAUGUACUUUUCCCGGCUGACUCAGAACACAACAAACUUAAAGCCAGUCAGGCAAGGGAUUUGUUAUCCAAAAUGCUGGUAAUCGAUGCAUCCAAAAGGAUCUCUGUAGAUGAAGCUCUCCAGCAUCCGUACAUCAAUGUCUGGUAUGAUCCUUCUGAAGCAGAAGCUCCACCACCAAAGAUCCCUGACAAGCAGUUGGAUGAAAGGGAGCACACAAUAGAAGAGUGGAAAGAAUUGAUAUACAAGGAAGUUAUGGACUUGGAGGAGAGAACCAAGAAUGGAGUGAUACGGGGUCAGCCCUCUCCUUUAGGUGCAGCAGUGAUCAAUGGCUCUCAGCACCCAUCGUCAUCAUCAUCGGUCAAUGAUGUGUCUUCAAUGUCAACAGACCCAACUUUGGCCUCUGAUACAGACAGCAGUCUAGAAGCAUCAUCUGGACCUCUAGGCUGUUGAGGAUUUCACAUAGUGAACGAGAAAUGCAUGACUAAGUCAGUGGCCAGGUUCUGGGCAGAAAGCCCAUUGAAAUGAGUGACCAAUAGGAGCAAGAACAGGUCCAGCUCAACAUGUGACGUCUGAAGGUUUGCUUGGCAUGGAUUCCCAUAUUGACUGCAAAUGUUAAUGUGCAAUAUUUAAGAUUAAAAUACAUUAGAUUUUUAUAUGUUUUGAAAUAGCAAAUUUGCUUUUGAUGGUUUAAAGCCAUAAUUUCCAGCUUCUUUUGAAGUUGUCAAUCUUUUUAUCCAUCCCUUUCCUACUCAAGGGAAACCCUGGUGGCUUAGUGGUUAAGAGCUACGGCUGCUAACCAAAAGGUUGGCAGUUCAGAUCCACUAGGUGCUCCUUGGAAACUCUAUGGGGCAGUUCUACUCUGUCCUGUAGGGUUACUGUGAGUUGGAAUUGAUGCCAACAGGGUUUUGGGUUUUUUUCCUACUCAAACAACAUGGUGCAUUCAUUUUUUUUUAGGCCAAUUAGAGUUUUGAGACUGUUAACACCUCUUGAAUUGUUUCAGAAACAGGAUUGAAUUCAUGAUUUUAGCAAAAAUUUCAGCAUGAAUGUGUUCUUAGUUUACUUUAGCUUGACAGUUAAUUCGCUUUAUUUUCUCUAGGAUAGAUUAUUUCACUAUUGCACUUUAACAGCUAACCUGCUUUCAGAAGAUUCCAUAUCUUAUAUUUUCUUGUUGAAGAGCCAUCUCUGUUGAUAGAGAUUUUGGUUAAACAAGGAAAACCAGGUGUUCUUGUUGUAUCAUUUGUUGUAAAUGCCAGCUGCCACUUGCCACCAGCAUGUUUCACUCCAAUUCAGAGAAAAUGAACUCUUAGUUCUUAAUAUAGACUAAAAUGUGUAUCAGAUUGUAUCCUGAAAACAAAGUCUGUUGUUUAAUGUUGUGUGCCCUAAGUUUUUAAAGUACAGUAUCUAAAGAUAACUUUCCCUCUUCACUUAAGUCGGUUAAGUGAAUAUGUAUGUGUGUGUAUAUAUAUGUGUAUAUAUGUAUACACACAAGUGUAUUAUAUAUAUAUAUAUAUGUUUAGAAGCUUUUUGAAUCUUUAAAGCCUCUUAAACAUUGUUUUUUUAAAUAGCAAUUACAAAAAAGUUUUCUGUCAAGCAGUAACUUAUGUAAAGCCACCUUGCUUAUCUUAUAAUUUUGGUUUAUCUACUUAUUAUACACUUAAUGUAAUUAUCAUCUUACUGUCAGAAAAUUGUUUUGACCAGGAUUUAUUGUUCAACUUUGUAGGAUAGGGAAGGGACACUUUAAUUCUUUCUACAUAUGUCUUACUGGUUACUAUUCUCUUACCCUCUAAUACUGACCACUUGUAAAAUGAGUGUGUGGUUGAGGUCUCUUAAUACACAUGAUAGAUACACAUAAAUAGAGCGUCUCAGCUCUUUCCAUACCGUUUGCUGAAUCAUUCUUACUUGCGCACCUGUGGCUGCUGACUGUUCCUGGUACUUAUUUGUCUCAGCUGGUAAAGGCACAGUGCAUUCACCCCAGAUUCCUAAGAGAAACACAGCCUUCAGUGAGAAGGCGACCACACAGCCUCUCUGAUGGAUACAGGGAAGCUUAAUUGUGUGUAAAACAACAAACUUUCUUGUAAGCCUUUUCAUUUUUCUGUUCCGUUCUGAUCCUGCCCUGUUGUCUAAAAAGAUGAAGGUGAAGAGGACAUCAUUGUCUAAGUGAAAUCAGCAGCAGACAAGUGAAGCUGCUUCCUGGGUUACAGAUGAGACCAGGUUACCAUCAUCAGCCAGUACCUGCUGCAUACACGGAGACUUAAGCACUCAGUGUUGCCUAGGCACAGGCCUGCACAGCGUUCUGAGGUAAAAGCCUUAUAUCUUUUUAGAAGUGCUGUUGUAGUUCGUGUGUAGCUAUAGAGUGAAUGCAUGAAGCCCCAUGGCCCCCGAUCAAGGUCACUUACUGAUAGGAAAUCCAGCAUCACCAUUCUGUCAUUAGCGCCCUCUCAAGUGUUGCCCUCCAUCCCCUUUUCCAUUUUAGUGUGCAUUGUGUUUCUACCCAUCUCUCUUAGGUUGUUUCCUCAUCAGAGGAAACAGAGUUUUCCUUAAUAGCAAGAAAGCUGAAGAGGUAAAGGGCAUUGAAGCAGAAAUGUAUAGUUGAGGGUACAAUUAGAAAACUCAUAAAGAAAACAGAAGUCCUAAUUUCAAACUAACUGCUCUUAGUUAAGUGCUCUUAAGGAGAGUCUAUUAAGAGUAAUAGUUUCCUGCCCAUUUCUGGUAUAAAUUCUCUGUGUUACUGAAACAGUUGAGAAAUGUUCCUGUGGAUUAGUUUUGCACAAUGUUCUGUUCUCACGAUGACUUACAAAUAGCACUAGGUUUUUAUUGAACUACCUCGCACUGGUUUUCUGUGCUUUCCCGAGCAAGCUGUCGCCCUUACUGUGAGGUCCUCACUGAGUGUGAAUCACACAUGUGUGUUAAAUACAUCAUAGCCAUUGUUGACACAGUGAUAGUGAGUAUGUGAAAUAUAUAUCCUGCGUCAGUGAGAGGCACUCACCUGUAAAAUCUUUCACUAUGUAUCUUGGAAAAUUGUGUUAGAUAUACUCAUUGAAAUUAUUGCUGUCUGUUUUUGUAAGUAGGAACCUGCUCGUGAUAUCAGUCCAUUCUUUACAUUUUACAAAAGGAAUAAAUCUUAGUAAAUUUUACAAAGAAAUAACUUUUGUAGGCCCGAUAUUUGGUAUAUUUUUGAGAAACUCAAUCUUUUAGCUGAAUGGUGAAGCUAAACUAAACUAGUUGUAUGCCUGGACUGUGACAUCUAUUUUCUCAUGACAGUUGAUCCUGUUUAACGGGUUUUAAAACGUGAAAGUCUAAGUAUGAUAAUUGACAUUUGCUUUCUACUUAUACAGUGCUGUUCCUUCUUCACUCCUCUCCCUUCCCUGUUUCCCGCUCCCUCCCCUCUCCUCUAGCCAAGACAAAAUGGGGCACUUUGUAGGGAAUGCUGAGAUAAUUACUGUGGUUUUGAAUCGUUCAUGCCCUAGUCAUUAACCAUGCGCCACUGGAAUGUAAACAAUUUUAUCUAGUAUGUCAAUUGGUUAUCAUAUUUUAAAUAAAAAAGACAAAAGUGGUAUGAAAAUUAUGAAAUUAAGAGUAUUUUCAUUGAAAAUAAAAUGUAAAUUUAUGGUAAAAAGUUUUUCUUGGCAGUUUUAGGGUUUCAUGUGGGUUGGGAUAGAAGGGAUGUCGCUAGGCUACUAGAUUUGGAUUUUAUACAGACUAUGAAGAUCCUAAACUAUUGCCCUGGUUUUCUGGUUUAUCUAGUCCUGCUUUCAUGGUGUUUGAAAUCACUGGAGAAACUUUAUAUAAAAAAAGGAGUUUGCUUCAGUGCCCCUAACCUGGCUCUUGCGGAUCAUCUGAGAGAGCAGCCAUCAUGGCCACUUGGCAGAAGUGAUUUAAAACUAGGGUCUCUUUUGAAACAAGCAGGGCGAUUUCAGCCUUGAGUGUGUUUCCAACUUUUGCUGUGCAUAUUUUCACCUCCACUGGGCAUGCUGCCAAGUGGGUGUGGGGGGCGGGGCCGCUGUCCAUCCUCCCUCUUUGACCCAGCUCUGGCUCCAGGUAACCCUUGUCUCCAUGUGUGCCUGCACUCACGCUCACCUUCUCGGAGGAGACCAUAGAGGAUGGGCAGUGUUUAUGCCUGACAUCUCUGCUUGAUCAGCUGGUGGGGUUGCUGACCAGUGCACUGUUUUACCACCGUGACUGGAGAAGUCUCCAGAAAAAAACUCGGUGGCAAAAGUAGACAUCAGAAUGUAGUGUAAAGUUGUUUUUACUGUAAUGUUUUUUCUCACUCAGUGAUAAUACCCUAGUGAUAACAAAUAAAAUGGAGUAAUUUAUCUUUGUUAAUUUAGUUAUUGCAUUUAUGUUAGCAUUCUUCCCUUAAAAGGCUCAUUAAUUUUAUGUAAAUGAAGGUUGAUUUG